AUGUUCAGUACGCCGGUCAUCGCGCAAUCGAACACCGUGGUCAGCAGUCCGUCCAUGAACGGGGCGCUGAACGUGAACGCCGUCAACGCAGCUAACAACAACCACACCGGUCUCGUCGGACAAACCGGCCCGUCGGCUACCGGUAGCCUCAAGAUGGACAGCGCCAUGGGACAGAUGACACCGAUGGCCCCGUUGGCCCUUUCGCAGAGCAUGGACUCCGUCAACACGGCCAGCAACGAAGAAGAGGUUCGCACACUCUUCGUCAGCGGGCUGCCGAUGGAUGCAAAGCCCCGCGAGCUUUAUCUGCUGUUCAGAGCCUACGAGGGCUACGAAGGAUCCCUACUGAAGGUUACGAGCAAAAAUGGGAAAACAGCAUCGCCGGUCGGAUUCGUUACGUUCAACACCCGUGCCGGCGCAGAGGCCGCCAAGCAGGAUCUACAGCAAGGUGUACGCUUCGAUCCCGAUAUGCCCCAAACAAUACGCUUGGAAUUCGCCAAGAGUAACACUAAAGUCAGCAAACCAAAACCACAACCUAAUACAGCGGCCACAGCUGCACAUCCUGCAUUGAUGCACCCACUUACUGCUGGACACUUAGGCACACCGUUUUUUCCCGGAGGCCCGGAACUAUGGCACCACCCGCUAGCCUUCUCGGCGGCGGCCGCUGAACUGCCAAGUGCAGCCGCACUGCAGCACGCAACUCUCGUCCACCCGGCCCUGCACCCGCAGGUGCCGGUCAGAUCCUACCUCUGA